CCAGGAUCAGCUGAGCGGCAACUGCAGCCGCAACAAGCGGAAGAAGCCGACCCAGGAUCGGCUGCCGUGUUGUCCUUUCUCCCUGCCGAACCUCGGAACACAAACUCGUGCGUUUUCCCCGCGUGUGCACGCAGGGGACAACACAAGCGCAUCCCGCGGACGUGUGCGCGCUCCCGCAGAGUGCUGUGUGAGAGGUUCACGCUGCUUGAACAAUGUAGGAAAGUAGACUUUUCUUCAUGUGAGGGGGGGGGACGCGAAGUGCUCACGACGGGAAGGAAAGUUUUCGCUCCGUCAGCCGUCAGUUCAGGCGAUGCUAACUCACUUUAAUUCCUCGCCGUUUUCCUUUGGGAUCUUUCUUCGGAAGCAGCGUGACCGUGCGAGUGCUGAGAGCGCGGGACUUGGUCCACACCUCAGGAAUUCCGAGCACAUCGAGCAGUAGCGUCAGUGAACGCCGCAGGCAGCUAACUGCUAGCUCCAACUGUUUUUAACACACUUUUUAGAGGCUUUUCGCGACAGGCCGAGGAGAAAGUCAGUCGUCUGAUGCCGUCGGCGCUCCUCGGGGAAUAAAACCGAGGCGAAAGUUAGCUACUAGUUGAAGUGGCCGGCUGGUGCUGUAGUUUGUUGUGGAAGUGUGCUGGCGUCGCGGCUAACUGCUAGCAUGCCGCAGCUGAGCCCCGCUGACGGCGAAGACUUGGGCGCCAACGACGAGCUUCUCCGCUUCAAGGAUGAGGGCGAGCACGAAGACAAGACCAGCGUGGCCGCGGACCGGGACCUGGACGACGUCAAGUCCUCGCUCGUCAACGAGUCGGAGACCAACAGCGGUUCUGAUUCGGAGGCGGACAGGCGAGCCAGGACCGACCCGGACGUUGCGAGCCGGGCCAGACAGAACCAGCUGUUCGGAGAAGUGCUGCGGAGACACCAGGCUGCGGGUCUCUUCCAGCCGCCGCCCUACAUGGGAUACCCCUUCUUCAUGAUCCCAGACCUAUGCGGGCCGUAUCUGGCCGGCGGAGGCCUGGCAGCGGGCACACGUGCGUAUCUGCCCUUUCAGUGGCCCCUGCUGGACGUUCCAGGAAGAGCAGUCAUGAGAGACUCUGCCACACCCACACACCUGUCCAGCGGCGCGCCGCCUCACAUGGGUCACCUGCACCCUCUACUGUCCUACUGCCCUGAGGCCUUCUCCCCCCAGAGGGCGUCGCCAAGCUUUUCGCCCGAAACAGCAGGCGUGUCCAGGCCACCGCGUGCCGCCUGCUAUGCAGUCUCUCCUGGGAGCGUGGCUCAGAUGCCUCACACUUUUGAUUGGUUGCAGGGUCAGCCCGUGUAUCCGAUGGCAGGAGGUUUCUCGCCGGCCGCACUCAACAUGAACACUUCUAUGUCAAGCCUGGCGUCCAGCAGUUUCUCUCCCCGCGUGGUGGCGAGCUCGCCGCCGUCCGUCUCCCACGCCGCCGUGACCGUCAAACAGGAGGCUAGAGAUGACAGCCCGCUGAGGAAGUCGGUGGCGGACGUCGCACGGGAGAGCAGCGGCGAGAACAAAGCGCACAUCAAGAAGCCGCUCAACGCCUUCAUGCUGUUCAUGAGAGAGGAGCGUCCAAACGUGGUGGCCCAGUGCCAAGUGAAGGAGAGCGCCACAAUUAACCAGAUUCUGGGACAGCGGUGGCACUCCCUGACCAAAGAUGAGCAGUCCAAAUAUUACGAGCUGGCCCGCAAGGAGCGCCUGGUCCACUCGCAGCUUUACCCCGGCUGGUCGGCCAGAGACAACUACGGGAAGAAGAAGAAGCGGAAGAAAACCAAGAGCGAAACGCAACAAGGCGCCGCGGCAGACGAUUCAUCGCCGCCGCCCAAACGAGCGCACAUGUCGCCGGACGAGGCGCCGCACGUGCACGCUCUUCUCACGCACCCGCGCUCGCUGACGACGGCGGCGGCGAGCGCACACGCCCGAUCUCACUUGUCGCGGCCGCACACCGUCUCCCAUCUCACGCACACACAUUUGUCCCAGGCCAGCCCCGCCUCCUCCGUGGACUCCCCGGCCACACCCACCGCGGCGCUGGCGUCGCCCGCCGCCCCGGCGCCGACCCACACGGAACACACGCACUCCCCGUACGGGCACACGUCGCCACAGGCCGACCAGCCGCUCGCCCUCACCACCAAGCCGCUGCGCAGCACGCACCCGCUGGGUCCGUCCACGUCGCCGCCGCACACGCCCCCGCCUCUGCCUUUCCUGGUCCCGCCCCCUUCCUCCUCCCACCACAACAGAAGAGCCAAUCAGGUGUAAAGAAAGAUUUUGACAGCAAAUGUAUUUUAGUAAGAAAAAGAGAAUUUUGUGGUCAAUAUUUGACUUUGGUGUCUUUUUUUUGUAAAAAUUAAUCACCCGCGUUACUUUUACUCAUAAAAUAAACGUCAUUCACUUCC